CGGCACUUGCGAAACAGUCAUUCCAGUACAGCACUUUGUACAGCAAGAAGAACAGAACUCGCACUCAAAAGGAAUAGCUGCCAAACAAAGAUGAAGAGCUCAUUCGUAAUUGCCUGUGCCGCCAUCCUGGUGGCCAGUAUCAGUGCAGCCAGCGUGCCGGCCGUGCCGACCGCCAUCAACAAUCAGCUGUAUCGUCGCUAUGUCUGCGUCCACAAGUCGGACGGCUUCAGGGCUCUCGUGCCUGGAAGCUGCUCUCAGUACUACGAGUGCCAGGGAGGACAGGCGCUGGUAAGCACUUGCUCUCGUUUCUUCGACUCCAAGGUCCAGGGAUGUGUCAACUACAACACCGGCUGCAUUGAAGUACAGUCUUCGGCGUUGGUUACGGACAACGCUGAUUCUGCUGUGCCCUGUACACCGACACCCUGUCCCACGACAACUCCCAAAGCACCCUGUGUAACCACCCCGUCUGCCCCAACAACCUGUUCCACAACAACAUGUUCAAGCACAACCAGCCCAACAACAACAACUUGUUCGACAACCACCUCCACAACAACAACCUGUUCAACAACCACCUCAACAACAACAACCUGCUCAACAACCACCUCAACAACAACAACCUGUUCAACAACCACCUCCACAACAACAACCUGUUCAACAACCACCUCAACAACAACAACCUGUUCAACAACCACGUCAACAACAACCUGUUCAACAACCACCUCAACAACAACAACCUGCUCAACAACCACGUCCACAACAACAACCUGUUCAACAACCACGUCAACAACAACCUGCUCAACAACCACCUCAACAACAACAACCUGCUCAACAACCACGUCCACAACAACAACCUGCUCAACAACCACCUCAACAACAACAACCUGCUCAACAACCACCUCAACAACUACAACCUGUUCAACAACCACCUCAACAACAACAACCUGUUCAACAACCACGUCAACAACAACAACCUGCUCAACAACCACCUCCACAACAACAACCUGUUCAACAACCACCUCAACAACAACAACCUGUUCAACAACCACGUCAACAACAACAACCUGUUCAACAACCACCUCAACAACAACAACCUGCUCAACAACCACGUCCACAACAACAACCUGCUCAACAACCACCUCCACAACAACAACCUGUUCAACAACCACCUCAACAACAACAACCUGUUCAACAACCACGUCAACAACAACAACCUGUUCAACAACCACGUCCACAACAACAACCUGCUCAACAACCACCUCAACAACAACAACCUGCUCAACAACCACGUCCACAACAACAACCUGUUCAACAACCACCUCAACAACAACAACCUGUUCAACAACCACCUCAACAACAACAACCUGCUCAACAACCACGUCCACAACAACAACCUGCUCAACAACCACCUCAACAACAACAACCUGCUCAACAACCACGUCCACAACAACAACCUGCUCAACAACCACCUCAACAACAACAACCUGCUCAACAACCACCUCAACAACAACAACCUGUUCAACAACCACCUCAACAACAACAACCUGCUCAACAACCACCUCCACAACAACAACCUGUUCAACAACAACAUGUUCCACAACUACAGCCUGUGUAGAGACUACCACACUCUGUGCAGAGACUACCACUGCAUGCAGCGGAGCCAACACAGCCACCAAGGUCAAGCCCGCCUCCAUGCAAGUGAGACCACCCCGUCCUGCCCGUCCCGCCGGACUACUCGUGGAGGCCAUGCAGCAGCAGGCUACUCCCCAGGCUCAGGAGCUGAACAUCCUCACCUACACCAACUACGUGUGCCGCAACAAGCCCGACGGCUUCAUGAUGGCCUCCCUGAAGAGCUGCAACGAUUACUAUAUCUGCCGCUACGGAAAGCCUCUGCAGGUGAGCUGCGGCGACAAGUACUUCAACGCCCUGAAGGGCAUUUGCGAUCUGCCCGAGAACACGCGCUGCGUGCAGCCCCAGGCCUAGAGCUGGAGGAGACGAUUAUGAGACGAUAUCGAUCACGCUAGCCCAUAGCAAUCGACCAGCACUACCAGACCCCACCUUGAUAUACAAUGUCUAAUCGAUUCUAUCCAAGCCUUAAAUAUAAUCAAAUAUACGAGUAUGCAAAGAUACAAAAAUGUACAACAAUA